AUGGUAGAUACAGUGGUAGCAGUUAUGGAAACUGUUAAAUCACCAAUAUCAUUAUCAUCAACAAUGGAAACUAUGCAACAACAACGACAACAAGAGCAACAACAAAAGGAUAGUAGUGUUAAAUCACUUGAUUUACAAUGUGAUGAAGAAUUUGAUGAAAUAUUGGCUGAGAGGCCUAGUACUAGCUAUAAUCAUUUACAUCAUCAUCAUCAUCAACAACAACAACAACAACAGCAGCAGCACAAUUCAACUAAUAAUCAUAUAUCGAUAAGCAAUGGUGAAACAAUUGACAAUUGCGCUAUUGUUGAUUCACCUUUAUUUAACAAAAUGAAACGCCAAUGGCGAAAUUAUGGUUGGUAUAAAUCAUGUGAAGAAAUGGAUGAAGUACGUCGACGUGAGAAAGUAUCAAAACGUAAAAGUGUUACAUCAGUUCAUGGCACAAAAGUUUUUUAUCGUUGUAACAAUUGGAGACGUACGAGAUGUAAUUUUCGAAUGUAUGCGAUUAUUUUUACAUCUGAUAAAAUGUGCUUAUUUGCAAGUGGUGAACACGAUCAUACUGCUAAAGAUCCAUAUUAUGUUACGGAUGUUAUUCCACAAGCGGAAAAAAAUUUUGAAAUAACACCUCAAUCUACUACACAGCAAGAUAUCCUUACACAGUUUGUCCUAAAUGCUACAGCGAAUUUACCGUUUGGUGCCAAUUCGGAAUCAACUUCACAGCAGUUAUUGUCUUAUCAACCUCCGACAUAUCAAUUAGCGGAUGAGCAAAGAAUAACAGGAAUGCUUCAGUUAGCAAUGGAAAUUGAUCAUAAAUUCACCUUCAUUCAACGGAAUAAUGAAUUCUGUUUCGAGCCAAACAAUCCUGCACUGAAAGGAAGAAGUGUUGUAUUAUUGGAUGGUGGAACAGUGGUACUUGUAAUUGAAAGAUUUAAUGGAAUGGAAUUGAGUCGCGAAAUAUGGCAAAAAGCAUAUUGGAAUCAGUUUCUUUGGGCUGUUCGAGGAAAAUGUAUGCGCGUAUUAUAUCAGAAUUUUAAGGAACCAGCUUGUUUAUAA